AUGCAGGAACACAUCCGCCGUGCCCAUCCCAGCCACUACAUCCCCAAGCUUCCGGCGACCGAAGAGAGCUUCCGGUUGAUGAUUUUUACCCCUCCAGAGUCGAGGCCUCCUCCUAACACCUCACAUCCCCGGCGGGGUCCUGCUGUCGCAUUGGCACAACUCCACCACCAUCGAUUGACCUCCGAUUGGGAUUCUGAGCCGGAUAUGCAUUCUGACGUCGACAUGAAACGAGAACGAAUGCGCUCCUCAAUCGAGCUUCCCCCACUCCGCGACCACUUCAAACCGGACUCCAUACCAUCAUUCCAGUCCUCCCGGCCUAGAGAACUGCUACCAUCCAUCCUUUCACACUCCCCACCUGGGCGAUCAUCAACGCUUCCACCAAUUCAGCGGCGGGAGAGGUUACAACGCCCUCGCAAAGGUUCGCUGACGCAAUCUGCGCGCAAGGGCAAACACGAACGGAAUAGAUCGAAGGAAUUUGGGCGUAGGCCUAGUCUGAAUGACAGGAAGGCGUUAUCGGCAGAACCGCAAACGGCCGCGUGGGUGCAGGGGAAGAGGUGGGAGGAUCUGAUUGAAGCUGCGACCUCAGCGACGGAGGUUGAUGAUCGCGAUGUGACUCCGAUCCCCAAAUCGCCACCAUACCACUCCUUCAACAGCGUAACCUCCGCCCCCUCAGGAACGAAGCACCGCUCCUCCGUCCCGCCAGCCUUCCAAUCAGCGCCAGGCCUACCCACUCCACAACCACACUAUCGCCAAUUCCCACCACCCGUCUCAUACACCGCCUCCCCGCUCCAAAAAGCCCUUACACCACCCCCGUACGAACCCCAUGGUAGCCUAGACAACGACCUAGAACCAUUCCCCUCCAUCGAAUCCUCCCUUGACUCCAGCUCCUCCAUCGUCUCCGGCAAAAACUUCCACAUGUCUUCCACCGGCCUCCCAACCUCCGCGCACUCAGACUCAAGCCCCGUCCAGCCCCCACGAUCCCUACCAGCAACAAGCUCCUACCCACCCUCCUCCCACCCACAACAACUGCAGAACCACCACCACCACUUCCACCAUCCCCCCCAUCACCUCCAACAACCCCAACACCAUCACCUCCUGGACCGACCCACACACCACCGCAUCCACCACCGCCUCUCAAACCCAACCCCCAUGUCCGCAACCAGCACUAGCUCCAUCGCUAGCGCCCCCGCCAUCAGCGCGAGCAGUAAAGAUAUACACAUUUACUGCGCAUGCUGCUCACGCCCCUGGCCCGUCCGCGACUGCUUCGCUUGCACAAACUGUAUCUGCGGCGUGUGUCGCGAGUGUGUCAAUAUUAUCAUUGCAGCCCUGCAGACGACUAAUGCGGGGCAGCCGGCAUCCAUUCUUAAUCCGUCAGCGGGUAGUGGUGAGAAUAAUGGGAACAAUGGUGCUGGGGAGGAUGCUGGUAACAGUAAUGGUAAUGGCAACGGCAACGGCAACGGCAACGGGAAUGGGAAUGGGAAUGGGAAUUGGAAUGGGAAUAAUGUUGGCGGUGGGGGCGGGCGAACAGCUCGCUUGGCAAGUCGACGUGGGUGUCCGCACUGUGGAACGGUGAGUGGGCAGUGGAAGCCUAUUCAGUUGGAUUUCCGGUGA